UUGGGUUCCGGUAACGACGAUUGUUCAUCGUUGCUUAUUUAAUGACGCUUCAUAUAAUCCUCUUACCAAUUAUCUCUAUAUAUUAAAUUUAAUAAUAUUAUAUUUAGUUUUAAUAAGUAAACAAUAAUGGAAAUUUACACAUUUGAUAAAAGUCUUCAAGAAAGACUGAUAGAAUUCAGUGAGAUAUUAUCAAGUCGUGGUGAGACUGUACCAGCAUCACAAGUUAAAUUAGAAUGGAUGAAUUACGUUGAACUUGUAAUAGAACCAACCGGGUGGCAAGCGUUAUGGAAAAUUCCUCGUUUGACUUGUCAAGAAUUUAAAAUUCAUUAUCCCACCAUUGUCGUUGUCCAAGCUGAACAAGUAGAUUUUAAUGAUCUUUCAGCAUUAGUUAAAAUAGUAGCUGUACAAGAUGAAAUACAUUUGCCUGCAAAAUACGAUGUUCCUUUGAUAGAAUUAUAUCCAACGCAAAGUCAAUUAAAUACAACUUUGGAUAUGAUUGGUACUUCCUGUUGUAUCGAUCAAUUGAGAUUCUUUUAUAAUUAUUUAUGGAUGCCAUGGGACAUUGAUGAUGAUGAGGAUUCAGAUUGGGUGACUUUACAUUUAGAAUCUAGAAUUAGAUUAUUCUUCGAUAUGAAAAGGGGUUGUGUCAGUAAGGAUACUUGCGAUGUUAUCAGAUCAUUGACAAGAGAAGGUAGAGAAAUACAGCAUAGAAUUUCUAAAUUAGAAGAAGCAAUGUCUGAUGAGGAAGAAAGUGAAAAUUGUUUAUUGGACGAUGGAAAAGCUUGUCAGUUGAUGAAUCUUCAUUUUAGAUUGCAACAGAUUAAAACAGAAAUGGAGGUACUUGAAAAUCCUGCGAUCAGAGAUAUCAUAUCGCGGAAUCAAAAAUCUUUUAUGGUAGAAGAACAAACGAGAAAGUCUGAGAACAAGGACAAAAAAAAGGAGGCUCAUUUUGUAUGGCUUGGUAGUACUGUGACUGAAUUAAAAAAUGCAUUGAGUCAAAUCGAAACAAUCUUUUCAUCAGAUCUGUUCUUCAAGAUCUAUGGAUGUCUACAGGAAGCUUUACUUGCUGCUGACAAAAAUGAUAUUGUUGUAGUUGGAGAGGGAUUACAUCAAAUUAGAGGGUCCGGUGGUUUGGAAGAAGGCGGUAUUAUUAAAGGAAUUGGCACAGCAGAAAAUAUAAUUCUUUCUGCAAAUGACAUAGAAAGUUUACCAUCCUUGUUAGACUUUUCUGGCCAAGAAGUUCUACUAGAAAAUAUAUCUAUUAAUCUUGGUGAACUUCAGGCUGGUAUUAUUAUUAGAAAACAAUGUGUACGAAUGGUUGGUUGCAGAAUAUUUGCCUUGAAUCAAAGUAUUAUUAAAUUAGGCAUAGUCGUUUUACCAGGUGCAAAAUUAAUUAUGGAAAAGACAGUUUUCGAUGGAUUAGGAACUGCUGUUGUUGUUUAUGGAAGAGGUGAAGUCAGCAUGAGCGAAUGUAGUUUCAAGAGUUGUUCUGAGGGUAUUCAGUUACACGAUGAUGCUACUUUAAUGGCAAAAAAAUGUCUACUUGGAUUUUUCAAAGAAUAUGCUAUUCGAAUGGAAACACAGAAAUAUUUAAGUGGUCCUGAAAGCAAAGUUGGUAGUAUCGAAUUAUUAGACAAUGUAAAAGAAAUCUCAUUAGAGGAAUGCACGUUCCAAAGUAAUAUUAAAGCGGACAUCAUUUUAAAGUCAAGACUUUCAACAGCUUUUGUUUCAAGAGAUGGCGUUAAUAAUACUAUUGCUUCUUAAAUUACAAAAUUCUUAUUUGAGUUUGUAAUACUAUUUGAAUUAAUAUCAAUUUUAUACUUGUAAUGUUAUAACGCACACAUAUAUAUAUGUGCGCGUUAUUUAUAUAAUAUAUUAUAUUUUUAUAAGUGUAUAUUAUACUGUUACGAGUAUCUUAA